UACUAUUUCUGGUACACACAGGAGAUCUCAGCUCCAACUCUAUGUAAGAAUGGAGAUGUAUGCAUUUCAAUCCUUCAUCUGCCCGUAGAUGACCCACAUUGUGGAGAGCUGCCCUCUGAAAGGUGGAAUCCUCCUCAGAAUGUGAGGACUAUCGUGCUGAGUGUAAUCUCCCUGCUUAAUGAGCCCAACACCUUUUCCCCAGCCAAUGUGGAUGCUUCAGUCAUGUUCAGGAAAUGGAGGGACAGCAAAGGAAAGGACAAGGAGUAUGCUGAGAUCAUUAGAAAACAGGUCUCAGCCAUGAAAGCUGAAGCAGAACAGGAUGGAGUGAAGGUCCGAACAACCCUGGCAGAAUACUGCAUCAAAACUAAAGUGCCUUCCAAUGACAACAGCUCAGAUUUGCUUUAUGACAACCUGUAUGACGACGACAUUGAUAACGAAGACGAGGAAGAAGAAGAUGCCAACUGUUAUGAUGAUGAUGAUUCUGGAAAUGAGGAGUCGUGACAUGUUCCUUCAGUUCCCUGUACUGCCCUGACAUCUCAGGCCAAAGGGAGGGAAGCAAGUGGGGAUCUACAGUGGCCACUCAGCAAAAACUUACUCAUGGGGUGGGAAGCAAACAGCCCCUGAUGACUCACUCCUCUUGCAGAUCUCAGUUUGCUCCUUUUUAUGGACCUUACUGGAGAGGAAGUUCCCUCCACAGAAUGUCUGAAUCCUUGCAUUCUUCCCUCCAUCACUGUAUUGAUUCUUUUUUUUUUAACUUUUUUUAUCUAUAUCAACUUGCGUAUUUCUUAUUUACAUUUCGAUUGUUAUUCCCUUUCUUGGUUUCCAGGCCAACAUCCCCCUAAUCCCUCCCCCUCCCCUUCUAUAUUCUUGUUCCCCUUCCCAUCCUCCCCCCAUUACCACCCUCGCCCCAACAAUCACGUUCACUGGGGGUUCAGUCUUGGCAGGACCAAGGGCUUCCCCUUCCACUGGUGCUCUUACUAGGCUAUUCAUUGCUACCUAUGAGGUUGGAGUCCAGGGUCAGUCUAUGUAUAGUCUUUGGGUAGUUACUUAGUCCCUGGAAGCUCUGGUUGCUUGGCAUUGUUGUUCAUAUGAGGUCUCAAGCCCCUUCAAGCUCCUGGAGACCUUUCUCUGAUUCCUUCAACAGGGGUCCCGAUCUCAGUCCAGUGGAUUGCUGCUGACAUUUGCCUAUGUAUUCGCUGUAUUCUGGCUGUGUCUCUCAGGAGAGAUAUACAUAUGGUAACUGUCGGCCUGCACUUCUUUGCUUCAUCCAUCGUGCCUAAUUGAGUGGCUGUAUAUGUAUGGGCCACAUGUGGGGCAGGCUCUGAAUGGGUGUUCCUUCCGCCUCUGUUUUAAUCUUUGCUGCCCUAUUCCCUGCCAAGGGUAUUCUUGUUCCCCUUUUAAAGAAGGAGUGAAGCAUUUGCAUUUUGAUCAUCUGUCUUUAGUUUCAUGCGUUCUGUGCAUCUAGGGCAAUUCAAGCAUUUGGGCUAAUAGCCACUUAUCAAUGAGUGCAUACCAUGUAUGUUUUUCUGUGAUUAGGUUACCUCACUCAGGAUGAUAUUUUCCAGUUCCAUCCAUUUGCCUAUGAAUUUCAUAAUGUCAUUGCUUUUGAUAGCUGAGUAAUAUUCCAUUGUGUAGAUGUACCACAUUUUCUGUAUCCAUUCCUCUGUUGAAGGGCAUCUGGGUAGUUUCCAGCUUCUGGCUAUUAUAAAUACGGCUGCGAUGAACAUAGUGGAGCACGUAUCUUUUUUAUAUGUUGGGGCAUCUUUUGGGUAUAUGCCCAAGAGAGAUAUAGCUGGGUCCUCAGGUAGUGCAAUGUCCAAUUUACUUAGGAACCUCCAGACUGAUUUCCAGAAUGGUUGUACCAGUAUGCAAUCCCACCAACAAUGGAGGAGUGUUCCUCUUUCUCCACAUCCUCGCCAGCAUUUGCUGUACCCUGUGUUUUUGAUCUUAGCCAUUCUCACUGGUGUGAGGUGAAAUCUCAGGGUUGUUUUGAUUUGCAUUUCCCUUAUGACUAAAGAUUUUGAACAUUUCUUUAGGUGUUUCUCAGCUGUUCGGCAUUCCUCUGCUGUGAAUUCUUUGUUUAGCUCUGAACCAACAGCCACCACCCCUCAAAACCCCAUCUCUGCAGAGUGUUCACAGCAAAACACCUUUGUCUGUUUCUAGAUUCUUGAAGAAUUAGUCUGUUUAAGACAUUGUGUUUAAAGCUGGGAGCCCACUGGGAGUCCACAAGUGCUGCAUAUAUUGGGUAGCAAAAGAAAAUGGGGGAAAAAAGAAAAAAAACAACAAAACCGAAAAAAAAUAAAAUAAAAUAAAAAAAAAAACCCACAAAACAAACUUUUAAAAAAAGCCAAUUUGCCAAGGUUUAGCUGCUCCUUUACAUUAGUGCGUGUGCAUUUUUCAGCCCUGUGGUGGUGAGUUUUGUUUCUUUCCCUUCCUAAGUCUGGGCUGAGGUGGGCAUCAGGGACUUACUCUCGCUAAGUCUGAUGAAAUGUGCUGCCUCUGUGAGACCAUCCCAACAUGGAGGCUGCAGCUACUCUGAGGAGAUAUCAGAUUUUGCUUUUUGGAAUGGAUUGGGAUCUAAAGCCUGAAAUAAAUAUUCAUACUUUACAUAGAA